AUGCCGGAAUCCGGUCCUUGCAGUCGAGGUGAUGACUCAGCCGGUAACCGCUCCGCGCGGCUGGAUUUGAACCUCGAGUAUUCCGCGCAGCCCUGUAUUGCGGAGCUUAGCGCGGAGCAACGGGCGGAAGGCUGCGCGGGAGCGAGGAGUUCCGCAGAAAGGCGGGAAUCCCUUGCGGGGAGGGGGGAUUUUUCCGCGGCGAGGGGAUUUUUGGUUACAGCCGCGGCGGUGGGGGAACCGUCGGCUGAAGAUGACACCGCAGGGUCGGGGGAAACACCGGUGGGCGGAGCGGGUGGCGGAGCGGAGGCGGAAGAGUCGGAGGGCGGAGGCGCGGAAGAGCCGGCGGCGCUAGACGACCUCGUCGGAAGGGCGUCGCGCUUUGCGCAGAGACUGGCGCAGCGGAGACUCCAGGCGGCGGGGGAACGCGCAGGGGGAGACGCGCAGGCUGGCGGAAGGGGAAGCGGUGGCGGAAACAGCAGCGGCGGCGCAGGCGCUGGCGGAAGAGAAGGCGCGGACCACACCCGCGCGGGGGGGACGGCGGGGGGAAGCGGGGAAGGCGGAGUAGGGGGAAGCGGGGGGGACAGCGGGGGGGGCUUUCAGGCUAUUUUAGCGGCAAUAGGGGCGGGUGGGGAUGAUGAGACCGCAGGGGGGGAUGGCGACACGGAAAACGAGUGUGAUAAUAGUGAGGACGAGGAUAAAGAGGAGAGUGGUGAUACUAGCGAGGAUUCUAGCAGUGACGACAGUGAUGAUUCGGAUGGGGAGGAGGGAGAAGGGGAGGACAAAGGGGAGAGCAGCAGUAGCGGAGAGAGCAGUGACGAGAACGACAAUAGCGAGGAUGACAGUAGCGAGGAUGAUGGUAACGCGUACGGCAACCAGGCGGGCAGGGGGAGCGAGUUUUGGUUCACGUUCGGCGCGCGGACAGGGAUGAGCGACGAGGGGGAGGCGGAGGCGGAGGCGAGGGAAGGGGGCGCGCGGGGGAGGGGGAGCAGGGGCAAGCGGAAGGGGUGGGUGAGUCGGAAGGAGGCUGCGCGCGCGUUCAGGGCGCAUCCCGUGGCGCAUGCGACGCGCGUAUGGUCUUCCGCGCAUGGCAAGACCUCCGCGCUCUGCAGGAAACGGCGGAAUGGGGGGAGUGGGGGAUGCGGGGGAUGCGGGGGGAGCGGGGGGAGCGGACCGGAGGAAGCGCGGAAACAGGCAGAGAUGGGUGCACUGUGGAAUUUUGGAGGGACGGGGGAGGGGGAGGGGGAGAGGGGGGAAGGGGAGGCGAAGGGGGAGAAGCGGAAGGGGAAGGGGGAGAAGAGGGGUGCAGAGCGGUGUGACACAGUGAACGUGCACCAGAUGCUGCUGUCGCGAGAAGUGAACGUGUCGAAAUUCGGGCGCUUCUCUGAGUCGGACCGGUGUCACUUGGCGCAGUCCUUCCUGCCAUGUGACGGCCCCAUGGUGGUGGACAAGGUGGCGUCGCGUGCUUAUAUUGGCCAGUUCAGCGGGGAUGGAGACCUGUUCGUGGCUGGUUUCCAGGACCGUCGGAUUCGCGUGUACGAUGUGGAUCGAGGGUGGGCGUUAAGGAAGGAUGUGAUUGCUCGCAACCUGCGAUGGACCAUCACCGACACUGCACUCUCUCCUGACCAACGAUUCCUGGUGUAUGCAUCCAUCACGCCCAUCGUGCAUCUGGUGAACGUCGGCUAUGGGAGCGGGGAGGUUGAGUCGCUUGCUAAUGUCACGGACAUUCACGAGGAGCUGAACUUCACAGCAGUGGAAUCGAGACGCAGGGAGCGCAGCUUUGGCAUCUGGUCGCUGCAAUUCUCAUCCGACGGUCGGGAGCUCAUCGCGGGCAGCAGCGAUCGCUCGCUCUAUGUCUUUGACCUGGAGAGAAACCAGCCCAUUCUUCGAGUGAAGGCCCAUCAGGACGAUGUGAACGCAGUGGCAUUCGCGGACGAGACCUCGCAGCUCAUCUACUCGGGCAGUGACGAUCGCAUCUGCAAGGUGUGGGACCGCCGCCUGCUUGACAACACCGAGCCCAUCGGCCCGUUGCGACUGCUCGACCCUGUUGGACCUCCUCCCUUCAGUCACUCUGCUGGCGGUGCUGCUAGCGCUGCUAGUUCUGCUGCUGCUGGUGCUGCUGGUGCUGGCGCUGGUGCUGGUGCUGCUGGUGGUGCUAGUGGUGGUGGUGGCAGUGGUGGUGGGGGGGAGAGGCAGGGAGUGGGGUGUCGGAACAAGCCGGUGGGGGUGCUGGUGGGGCACACAGAGGGUAUAACGCAUCUGGCUUCUAAAGGGGACGCUAGAUGCUUUCUUACCAACGGCAAGGAUCAGACGAUGAAGCUGUGGGACAUCCGAGUCAUGAUGGACCAUGCUGCUUAUGAAGAUCUCCCCCCUCCGCGAAUCCCCUUCUUCCAGUGGGACUAUCGUUGGAUGGACUACCCGGGCAGGGGCAUGAGGGUCGCACACCCCAGCGACCAGUCACUCAUGACGUACCGCAACCACCACGUGCUGCAGACGCUCAUCCGCUGCUACUUUUCCCCUCUGCACUCCACGGCCCAGCGAUUUGUCUACUCUGGGUCGCACGACGGUGCUGUGUAUAUCUUUGACCUGUUGACAGGAAAGCAAGUGGCAAAGCUGAAGCACCACGGGUCGACUGUCCGGGACUGCUCCUGGCACCCCACACGGCCGGCUCUAGCGUCGGUGGGGUGGGACGGCAAGGUGGCUGUGUGGGAGAGCUUUCACGGGGAGACGCCGCCUGAAUGCAAGAAGAUGCGGCAGAUUCCCUGUAAGGGAGGGGGCGCUGGCGACGGUGCAGGGACAGGGGGCAUGCGGCCAGCCCUGGCGUCGGUGGGGUGGGAUGGCAAGGCGGCCCUCUGGGAGAGCUUUCACGGGGAGACUCCUCCUGAAUGCAAGAAGAUGCGGCAGAUCCCCCAAGGCAUACUCCCCCCAUUGCUCAUGGGGAUAGCUGUAGCAAUAGAGGAGGUUGGGGAGGUGAUGGGAGAGGAGAAGAGGAGGUGGUGGGGAAGGGGCAUUGGUGCUGGUCGGUGCAGCCCCCUCCCUUUCCCAAUUUCUCCCCCGUUUCCUGCCCCAGUACUAUCCGCUUCCGGCAAGGCAGGCUACUCUGCUGUGAAUGCGGUGAAGGUGGGGAAGGUCAGAGAUGGCAGUGAAGCUGGGCUGGCGAAGGGAGAGGUUGGAAGGAGUGUGCAUGCAUGCAUGUUUGUGUUCGGGUGGGCGGCUUGA